UUCGCAGUUAUCUUUGUGAUUGUGAUUUGAUUUUACGGAACCAUUAUAAGUGGAAUUGUUAUUGUUCUCAUAGUUAGAUUUUUAUAAUGUUUAUUUCACCGGGAGUGGCAUAGGUGAAGCAUGUAUGACAGCACAUGCGGUGCCGCUGCCAGCGGGCAGUGCGGCAAGGCGCAGCACGACGGUGAUGGGCCUCCGCCUCGCGAGCCGCCCCAUGUACCGCUGGAACGAGAUUACAGCGGUUUCGAUAUAGUUAAGGCUACUCAAUAUGGUGCUUUUCUACGGGUGAAGGAACUGGUGGAAGCAGGAUGGGAUGUGAACCAGCCGGAUAGUGAAACGGUUACUUUACUUCAUUGGGCUGCCAUUAAUAACAGGCGAGAGAUUAUUCAGUACUUGCUGUCGAAGGGUGCCGUGGUGGACGCGGUGGGCGGUGAGUUGCAAUCUACACCGCUGCACUGGGCGACGAGGCAGGGCCACUUGGAGGCCACGGUGCUACUGGUGCGCGCCGGCGCGGACCCGAUGGUGCGCGACGCUGAGGGCUGUGCUUGUUUGCAUUUGGCGGCGCAAUUCGGCCACACGGCUGUAGUGGCGUACCUGGUAGCGCGGGGAGUGUUGGCGGAUGAGCCCGAUGCUGGCGGCAUGACACCACUCAUGUGGUCGUGUUGGAAGGUGUCAUCAGUAGAUCCGACACGGUUGCUGCUGACCCUGGGAGCCUCCACGCAGCCCACGGACCGCUCGCAUGGCAACACUGCCUUGCAUUGGGCAAUACUUGCUAGAAAUGCCACUGCAAUAUCUACGCUCAUUCUCUAUGGCAAUGCCAGCCUGGACGUGCCAAACCUGCGAUCUGUCACUCCGCUGGCGAUGUUACAGAGCAACGCAGACUCAUUGUGGAUCGGCUCCAAGGUGUCUGAAAAAAUAAAAGAGCAUGCUCUUUCUUCAACUAGGCGCAAUAUAUGGAGACGGUUAACAUAUGACAAGAAGUUCAGAUGGUGGUGUGUGGUGGUGAUGCCAUUCAUAGCGUUCUACUUGACGGGGCUUAUCUUGGAGAUGGAAGCGAUCUACAUACUGAAGCUGUUCCUUCUACUUUGUUUCUAUGCACUGCUUCACUUUUUAUCAAAUGUGCUAUUUGACGAUGAUCUUAAGAACAUAUUUCCGCUCAGUGUCUACUUGGCUACGAAGGUGUGGUUCUACAUAACGUGGGCGGUGUACGUGGGCGGCGUGGUGAGCUCGGCCGUGUCGCUGGCGUUCGUGGCCAGCUCGGGCGCGCUCUGGUACACGUUCCUGCGCUCGUGGCGGAGCGACCCCGGCGUCAUCACCGCCUCCAAGGACGACAAGUUCAGAACCAUCAUCGAGCUGUCGGAGUCGAGCCGCGGGGGGUUCGAGCCGGGCCGGUUCUGCUCGGCGUGCCUGGUGCGGCGUCCGCUGCGCUCCAAGCACUGCUCCGUCUGCAACCGCUGCGUCGCGCGCUUCGACCACCACUGCCCCUGGGUCGGGAACUGCAUCGGCGCCAAGAACCACCGGUACUUCGUGGGGUUCCUGGCGAGCCUGGUGGUGAUGUGCGCGUGGAUGCUGUGGGGCGGCGCGCGCGCGCUGGAGGAGUCCUGUGGGGGGGCGCUCCGCUGGCCGCAGUGCAACGCCUGGCUCGUGUGGGUGAUGCUCAACGCCACCUUCCACCUCUUCUGGGUCGCCGUGCUGCUCUGCUGCCAGAUCUACUUGGUGGUGUGCCUGGGGAUGACCACCAACGAGCAGCUGAACCGCGGCCGCUACCGGCACUUCCAGGAGCGCGGCGGACGCUCGCCCUUCACGCGCGGCCCCCUGCGGAACGCGGCCGAGCUGUUCCAGUGCCGGCUGUGGGGCCUGCUGCCCCCGCCCCCCGCCGACGACAACGAGCCCAUGCUGCGCGACGACCGCCACUACGUGUAGCGCCGACCGGACCCCGCGACCCCCCGACCCCCCAGGUGCGA